AUUGUUUUUAUAAAAUUGUCAUUAUAAACUAUUGAUUUUGUUCUUUCGUAUUCAAAGUUCAUACUGAAUUAAUUUUAUUUUGAUCAAACUAAUUUUCAAAUUAUCCAUUGACACCUAUGUUUAUUUACUUUAAUUGCCCUUCAAUAAUACAAAUUUUCUUUUUUCUCUGCACUUCAUAAAGUGUUAUGAAAAAUGGCUUCAUAUUAUGAUGCAGUCUUUCGAAGAAAAAUUACAGAAUCUGCAAACAUAGACGAACGAAAUAGAUCUAGUGAAAAUAAGAGAGGACGAUGGGAUCAACCAGAUGCCCAAAAACUUAAUUCUGAUGAGCAAUGGGAACGAAUAGUUGAACGAGCUAGAAAUCUUAGAAGUGAUACACAAUUCACUGACAUUCACGGGGAUAAACCAGCAUCUCUAAUAGAUUUGCCUAUUGAUGCAAAUAUUUCUUCCAAUAAACCACCGGUACCAGUUAGAACAUCUCCUUUGUGGAAUGAAAUUAUGCCUCAAUUUAACCCAUUUAAUUUAAUUAACCCAAUGAAUUAUGGUAUCAUGGGUGGAAUGCUAACACCCCCUUCAAUGAUUGUUAAUCAUACUACACCAAGAACACCAGACUCCAAUGUUAUUCAGACAGAUAAACGAAUUAUACAACUAGAACUGUGCACCCUGUAUCCACCUCCUUCAAACGCUCCGACGCCAACUUCUAGAGAAAGGCCCCCAGGCUGUCGAACUGUAUUUGUUGGAGGUUUGCCAGAUAGCAUUACUGAAGAUAUAAUGAAAUCAAUUUUUACUAACUAUGGAGAAAUAUUGACAAUUCGUUUGAGUAAUAGAAAAUUUUGUCACAUACGUUUUGAGAAUGAGUGCUCCGUUGAUCUUGCAUUAGAACUCUCAGGAUAUCGAUUAGUGAUGAAAGGACAAGAGCUAGUAUCUGCAUCACGUUUACAUGUAGAUUAUGCUCAAGCCCGUGAUGAUCAGUAUGAAUGGGAAAUGAAAAAAAGACAUUUAAUGCGCGAAGAAAGACGUUUACAACAAACUCGAUCAAAUCCUCCUCCAUCUCCUCCAUUAAUACCCCAUUUUACUGAAGCUAAAGCUYUAUCUGUUAGUGAAGAAAUUAAGGCUGAUUCAUCAUUUUUAAAUGCUGUACAAGUAGUUAUUACGUGGUUAGAACGGGGAGAUUGUAACAAACGUAAUGUUAAUAUAUUUUAUUCGAUAAUUCAAUCGACCAAUUCUCAUGUACGACGUUUACUGUCAGAAAAAAACCAAUUUGAAGAAGAACUACAAAAUCUCAAAGACCUUACAAAACGACGCAUGCAAGCGAUCUUAUUACAAUUCACUCAGAUCGAGAAAGUGUUUACUUCUGCAUCGCACAAGAAGGUUUGGGAUCAUUUCACAAAGGCGCAGAGAAAGAACAUUGAGACAUGGAAGAAGCAGGCAAUGGCUCUAUCCAAAUUGGGUAUUGAUGAUGAAGAUGAAAUGAUUGGUGGAGACGAAAUGGAUUUAUCUGACGAUGAAAGCAAUUUGAAAAAGACAAAAACAAAAACUGAUCCUAUACAGUUACAGGAUGAAAAUGAUCACCUUAAAUGUGAACUGGAAGCUUAUAAAAAUGAAAUAGGAAUGAUGAAAGCUAGUUUACAAACUUCCGACCAAAAAGAUAUACAAAUAAAUUAUUUACAACAACAGUUAUUAUCUACUAGACAAGAAUUGAAUGUUCUUACUGAAAAAUGUUCUGAUGCUCAAAAAUCCAAUUCAAGUUCAAUUGAUGACCAGCUAACACCAAGCAAYAAAAUAAAAGAAACGAACAUUGGAUCAAAUCAUUUUUCUGAUCAUCAAAUAAAAUUACUUGGUCAUAUUGCAAUAUAUUUGAAUAUUCAUCCUUUUGGAAUAAGUGUUGAAAGUAUUGUUAACUAUAUCAAAAACAUUGAUAAGAAUAUUACUUCUCAACAAAUAGAAAAUCUUCUAGUCACCAACCAAAUAUUAUUUGAAAAUUUCCAACAUGAUGAUUCAUCUCUGUGGAAAUUAGUCAAUUUUAGUUAACUAUGACAUUUUAAGGUACUUGAUUAUUUUCAUUUAUAAYAGUUUGUUGUUUUUACAUUUUUUUUUCUUUACUAGUGUUUUACAUAGUUUAUAUGAGAAUGUUGCUUUAUAAUUUGUAAUUUAUUCUUUUGGUUGUUAUUAUUAAGUAUCUUGUUUAUUUCAAUUAUUUUUGU